UGCCAGCAAUAUCUCGUUCAGUAUAAUUGUAUACCGUAACUGUUAAGUUGAUCGAACUGAAGACAUGAAGAUGAAGUUCAGUAUUGCGUCUACCACUUCUUACAAUAGUAUACAUCCAGCAUAUCAAUAUACGGAACAAUUUGCUAACAACGCCGAAACGUAUCAAGAAAGUACCAAAUGGUUUGGUGUAUUUUUGGCAUUUCUCUCAGGUACAUUUUUCACAGUUAGUUCCUCGUUAGUCAAAGCUAUCCAAAAUGUAGACCCCAUGGUACUGUUGGGUAUCAGAGCUAUUUUACAAAUGCUAGUCAUGGCUGGUGUAGCAAUUAAAGCUUCCAAAAGUAUUUUUGGUCCCAAGGAUCAAAGACUACUCCUACAUUUUCAGGGAAUAGUAGGAGGUGCUACCUUAUCGCUGCUUUAUUAUAGUUUCCGAGAAUUACCCAUAGGAGAUGCCACGACUAUUAUAUUUAGCUCUCCGGUUAUUGUUAUAGCAUUAUCUUUUAUUUUCUUAAAAGAACCAUGCGGUGUAUUACGUGUAAUGGUCAUGUGUGCACUUUUUGCGGGCGUGGUUUUUGUAUCGAAACCACCAUUUGUGUUUCAGACACACAGAACUGAACCGUACAAUCUGAUAGGAUAUCUGUGUGCUAUCCUAGCAACAUUCUUCACAGCUCUGAAUAUAGUUAUUAUGAGAAAGUGUUCAGAAAUUCAUUAUUCUACGAUAAUCUUCAACUUAUCUUGGUGGUCUCUGCUGACAGCAAUAUCCUUUUUCUUUAUUGUGUCGGAGCAUCAUGUACAAAAACUUAAGCUACCUACCGAUUGGUUUACUUGGGCUAAAAUAUUAUCAGUGGCACUCACUGGAUUAUCUGGUCAAGUUUUAGUAACUAACGCGUUAAAAAUAGAAGGUGCAGGCAAAGUAUCAGUGACUAGAUCCUUAGAUAUCAUACUGGCCUAUAUAGUGCAAGUAUACUUUUUUGGAGACCAACCUUCGUCUACAAGUAUUAUCGGAGCAUUUUUAAUUAUAGUCUCUGUCGUAUGCAUGGGAUUUGAAAAAGAGAUUUAUAGUGUUUGCGAUUUUAUUCCCUAGUCAAAGAUACAAUAUCUUAAAUUAUUUAUCUGCUCUUAGCAUAAACAUAGAUAAUAUUAUACACAUUUUUAUGAAUGGUGAAAACAUUGUUAUUAUACUAUUAAUAUGAUUUUACUAAUAUAAAGUUUCCAGAUUUUACACAGUAUAAAGUCGAGUUAUAUGCAACUACCAUUCAUUUACAUCAUCGUUCUUUUACCGCAAUUUGUAUCUCGCAUAAAAUUUUAUUCAAGAUAGAAACAAACGAAUCAAGUACUUUAUAGACAAAUUUAACAAAAUUAUUAUAUAACAUCGCGUAUCUGUAAUUUAUAAUUCGCACUUCGUUUCAUGUUUUCAAUAACAUAGAAGUGACAUUCGCAAAAUUUUGAAGUUUAUAACUCAAUGUAUAUUUACAAUUGUACAUAUCUUGAUACCAUAUGUACCUAGAAUUAUCCGUAACUUUGUGCGGAUGUAAUUAAUUGUAUUUCCAUAGUUGCUGACAAUUUAUUUAAAAAAAAUACAUCUACAAAGAACAAUAAACCACCGUACCAUAUCCAAGAUAAUAAUAUGUACAGUUAUUCUUCUUUCGACUACUUUAUCCUUGAUAGAUACAAAUAUAGUCUAAUCCAAGAGAAACUAACUUUAGUGCAUACAUGUCUAUACAUAUUCUUAGAGCUUAGUUUACAACUGAAGUGAUACAUGUACGAAUUCUUUUCAAAAUGUUUAAAAUUUUAUCAUGCAACACAGUAUCAUAUACUACACUACUUAUUUAUAGUUUACUUAUUCUGAAAAAGAAGCCACGGAUACUUACAUGUGAUCAACCUUCUUACAAAAAAAUCACUUGGAAAAAAAAAGAAGAAAAAGUUGUGUACAUGUUCUCAAUUUCUUUUCUCUUAUAUACGUUUAGACCUUCGGAACAGUUCGUUUAACAGAUUUUGCGAUUACUGCAACUUGCACUGGUUACUUUAUGCACACGUUAAUUAAACAGAUUUUCGAAACUUCUGAAUCACGCAUAGAAAAUAUUAUAGCUACCGUUGAACGGGAAUGUAACUGUAACUUUGAAAUAAAAAUCAUUUGUACACGAUAUCGCCACUUGCAUGUGAAUUUUUUUGACACUUCUUAUGUAAAUAAAUAUUUACAUACAUUUCUUUUUAUCCAAAAACUUCUUAUUUUACAUUGGUCAUAUAUCUUUUCUGUUCCUAAA